GAAGAGGUGCCACUUGGCGGCCAUGGCUUCUGUAGUAUCUGCGACUCCGGGUCAAGGCCCGGUGGAGUGGAGUAUCAUGGGCAGCACGGGGUGUAGGGCAGAGACGGCUUUGCAUCAGUUUUGCUGCUGAACCCGUAGGAUCCACUGUUAGAGAUCUGCAGGACUCCUUUCUCCCCCUAGACUCGGAGGGGAGUUUGCUGGGACUGGUGGGCUGGUCCUUGCCCUGGGGGCGUGGAUCACCAGCGGGGCCGUCUCAGGUAGACAGGGGCGCGGAGAGAACUAACAGGUUCGCUUGGGUUUUCCUCCUUUUCCUGCUGCCGGCUGGGACGGUGUGCCACUCUCAUUACGACGAGUGAAGAAAUUGCUCAUUCGCACAUUUUCCCCAUUGACUUUUUCCAUCUCUGUUAACUCACGAGAAUUCAGUGACUGCCAUUUGAGAACCCAGGGUCUGGGACCUAAGAUUACUGAAAGUUUUCUCUGGUGCUAAUAUCAGCAAAAAGAGGCUGUUUCCAGGUACGUGGAAGAGAAGGUGCCUCGUUAACAAAUCUGCUGUGGGGAGAGGCCGAAAGAACUGGAAAGACCACUUGUUCUGUUGGAACCACCACACGUGUUUAAAGUACCGAAGCACCUUCUGAAGCCACUAGAACUUUGUAAUCUGGUGGUGGGUGAAUAAAGGAGGGCAGAAUGGAUGAUUUCAUCUCCAUCAGUCUGCUGUCUCUGGCUAUGUUGGUGGGAUGUUACGUGGCUGGAAUCAUUCCCUUGGCUGUUAAUUUCUCAGAGGAGCGACUGAAGCUGGUGACUGUUUUGGGUGCUGGCCUUCUCUGUGGAACUGCACUGGCAGUCAUCGUGCCUGAAGGAGUGCACGCCCUUUAUGAAGAUAUUCUUGAGGGAAAACACCACCAAGCAAGUGAAACACAGAAUGUGAUUGCAUCGGACAAAGCAGCAGAAAUCUCAGUUGUCCAUGAACACGAGCACAGCCACAACCACAACCACACACAGCUGCACGCCUACAUCGGUGUUUCCCUUGUACUGGGCUUCGUAUUCAUGUUGCUGGUGGACCAGAUUGGCAAUUCCCAUGUGCAUUCUACUGACGAUCCAGAAACAGCAAGGUCUAGCAGUUCCAAAAUCACCACCACGCUGGGUCUGGUCGUCCAUGCUGCAGCUGAUGGUGUUGCUUUGGGAGCAGCAGCUUCUACUUCACAGACUAGUGUCCAGUUAAUUGUGUUUGUGGCCAUAAUGUUACAUAAGGCACCGGCUGCGUUUGGGCUGGUUUCCUUCUUAAUGCAUGCCGGCCUAGAGCGGAAUCGAAUCAGAAAACACUUGCUGGUCUUUGCACUGGCGGCACCAGUUAUGUCCAUGGUGACAUACUUAGGACUGAGUAAGAGCAGUAAAGAAGCUCUCUCAGAGGUUAAUGCCACUGGAGUGGCCAUGCUCUUCUCUGCCGGGACAUUUCUUUAUGUUGCCACAGUACAUGUCCUCCCUGAGGUGGGCGGAAUGGGGCACAGCCACAAGCCUGACACAAGUGGAGGGAGAGGCCUCAGCCGCCUGGAGGUGGCAGCUCUGGUGCUGGGUUGCCUCAUCCCGCUCAUGCUGUCAGUAGGACACCAGCAUUAAAUGUUCAGGUUCCAGCCUCAGCCUGUGGCAGUUUGCCGUCCAGUGAGGACAGCCGGCACAUGACAGCUCCUCACUUCUCAGUCUCUUGUCUCGCCUUGCCCAUCUCCACCUGUAUUUCUAGAGUCCGGAGGGAGGGGUGAGAUAAAAACCUGGAGCAAUGGAAAAGCUUUUAGAGUAGACACAACACAUUGCGAUUAGCUAUAGACAUUCCGUUGUGUUGUCUUUUAAAGGGCCCUUGGCAUUUUGAGUUUUGAUGAUUCUCUUAACCCUAUUCUCAGGGAAGAUGGAAUUCAGUUUUAAAGAAAAGUGGAGAACUUCAUACUUACAAUGAAGUAGUAAUUGUGAAAAUACAGUGUUCUGUACUUAAGCUAAAUCUCUUCUCAUUUUAGAGGCUCUGCCACUUUAUCCAUUGAUUUUUUAACAUGGUUCUCACCGUGUAAGACUGGUGCUUUAGCAUCUAUGCCACAUGCCUUGAUAGAAGGUCAUAGCACCCACUCUCUUAGAUGCUAAAGGUGAUUGCAGUUAAUUUGGCAUUAGAGUUGGGAGAAUGAUGGCAAAACACAUUGAAAACUGACUUUAUACUGGAAAGAGAUGUGUUGAAAGGGGAUGUCUAGAGAGACUUAAACAGCUCCUUUUGCACAUGCCUGUCUGAGUACAGCGUGCAGUUCCAUCAAAAGGAGCAACAGAGGUGGAACUGGCUUCUAAAGAGGUGGCUGGUAUUUUGUAGCAUUUCUUUUCAAGUUCUCCUUUGCAGAAUACCUGCCUCCGGCACAUUCUUAUAGAGGAGCCAAGUUCUAAUAGCUUCAAGCCUAGGCUGUCCUUUAAGAACAGAUCACAAAAAGUAUCUUUGGAAAUUAAGGGAUGUUAGAUUUUAAGUGAAUUUGGAUAGUUAUUGACAUCUUUGUAGUAACCUUUUUAAAAGUAAGACUACCAGAAUUUGUGUUGUCUUUUUUUUUUUUUUUUUUAAGCAUUUCUCUUAGCAGAUCAGUCUCUGGCUAAAUACUUGGUCAGCUUAGGGAGUGCUGUAUAUGCUCACAUAACCACCUGUAGCAGAGGAAAGUCAAGAUGAGUCAGAAGUGGGAAGCAUUUACCUGUUGAUUUAAAGCUUAUUGAAAUCAUGUUGCUUGUCUCUUCAUCUUUUCCAUGCUUUUCUCCUAACCUUUCCCUCCAGCCCCUCUUCCCUACAAUUUGCUGCUUACUGCUGGUAUUAAUAUUUGUGUGAGAUGAAUUCUCAUCAGGACAACCACUUGAACUGUGAUGAUGAAGAUAAUGAUGUGUUUAUUCUUUAUCCCCUUCAAAGAAGUUUGUGUCAAAUGCAUCUUUGUCAAGCCCUUAAAAUAUCACCUCCUCAUGUGUGGGUUGACACAAUCACUAAAAUUCUAGUAAGUUAAAUAAUUGAGAUAGCAAAAGUGUUUAACAAAUGAGGGUAAUUUUUCCAUAUUUGCCAAAAUCUGUGUAAACCCUGUUUUGUCAGAUAAGUGUAUAAUAUUGUAUUAUUAAUUUAUUUUGAUUUUCUGUACCAUUUCAAAACACAUUACAUUAAGGGGGAACUAAGACUAGUUUCUUCAGGGCAGUGGAUUUAGUAGUUUGUAAAAAGGUUUUAUAUGCUGCAUAGCCAGCAUGACUAUGAUUUCUUUAUUUCCUUCUUAAAUUUGUCACUGGGCUUGCAGCUAUGGAAAUAAAAUGUAUGAGCCCUCUGCUGGCUGCAGUGCAGAAAAUAGCAUAAGUAGGUUGUGGUUUUGUAUAGUCACUGGCAACCAUUGCAUACGAUUUAAAACCAAGAAAAGGUACAAUAUGGAAAGUUUAAGUGACUUUCCUGAUUAUAUGAUAACAGCUGACUUAUGAGAGACUUGGGAGUUUCAUCUGGUCCUUGGAAAUUAUAUGGUUGCCUAAAUUCGCUCUGGAAACUGACGUUGUCAAAUAGAUAGCAGAUUGUAGUGUCUGGUUUGGUUAGUAGUGCUUUCUAUCAUAUUGUUGUACGCAAUGGUCAGAAAUUUGUUCUGCUGGCCAAAGCCUCUUUCAGUAGUGCCUUGCCAUCACACUUAAAAGUUUGACUAAAAUAUCUUGCUGGAUAGGGCCUUGAACUCUGGCAAGGAUUGAACCAUUCCAAUUUCCAAAUUUGCCUUCCCCUCUGAACCUCACUAUUAACAGGCAAACCUUUCAAGGCUCUGUCAGCUCUCAGAAGCUAUGGGCUUUCCCAGAUUUUAAAGCUGCUGCCUCAGGAACUACUCAUUUCUCUCCCGGUCAGCAGGCAAAGAUAGCCAUACUAAUCUCAUAGGGCUCAAACGCAUCUUCAGGCAGCAGGGAACCAAGCAGCGUGGCAGAGGCCUCCUUCAGUGGAGGAAGAGCUUGCUCACGUGGUGGGCAUUGUCCCAGGAGAGGCCAUAUCCAUGUUCACUUUUUGGCACAUUUUGUUUCGUUUUCCUCUUGUUUAAAACUGCCUCUUUAGAUGUGGAUGCCUUAAUGCUCUAACACAUUUGAAAACUUUGGCAAUACUUAAGUUGCUGCCAUGAUGACAAAUGGAAUUAUUGGCUACCAAAGAGAUGCAAUUGAUGAUGAAAAGCAUGGUCCUUCCUUCCUUCCACAUAACCAAAGUUAAUCUUAACUACAAUUUGACUCCUUUCCUUGGUAGGGGUAGACUUUCUUCAGAUUUCAAGUGCUCUCUUAAAUGGCAGAUUAAGUUGAAAAACACUACUGAUCCAUUCCCCUCACUUAUUCUCCAGUCAGUUGCUUAUCAGUUCUCAUUUCAUCAAAGCAGGGAUGUUCCAGGUUUGAUUCGGUUUUCCUGUGUUGCUGUUGCCAGAUUUCUUGUUUUUGGGCAAAGGUUCUGCACUGGAACAUGGAGAGUUAGAAACGGUACUACCUACAGAGGCUGUGUGUUCCCUUUCCCCCUCCUUUCACCUUUUAAUUUCCCAAUUCAAAACAGCCCAGUCAGCCCUGUUCUGGGAUUUUGACUCAUUAGGAAAAAGAAAGGGUGUGGCUGUUUCCAGUUGUCCUUUCAAUGUAGAAAGGAGAAAAUGUGAUGGUGGUUUUUUUUACCAGCCUACUUCUAAGUGUCACUGCCUGGUUUUUCUCUUUUUCAAGAAUUAGAACUAGGAGGACACACCAGCAUUGGAGUGUAUUAAGCCCCUGAAACACAUGGUAGCUAGGUACUGAACACGGGAACAGUAUGUCAACAGCACAAACGCCCAAAGAAUGCUUCUGCCUUUUGGGCUGCUGAGCCCCUUGGGAGACUGAGAAUAAUGACCAGAUUCAUCCAAAACUGCUGCAGUGCUAGGUGAGAACUCUCUGUAGUUGUUCUACAGGGGAAUGAACCUUCCUUGCAUUAGAAAAUAUGCGCUCAAUACAGAAUGGUCCACAUCACCCAAAGAACACUGUUGGAGAUGCUAUGAAAUUCAAACCAAUGAUGUAGCCUCUUUGUAUCUGAGACGUCUAGAUUCACCUCAAGAGACCUGAAAGAAAUUUGUGACUUGUGGGAAAGAACUAGACAACCGUUUAGGGAUUACCUGGAUAUGCUCAGCCUGACACAAUUGCUUAACACAAGGAGAUUGGCUUUGGUCUUUUUUCUGGUGGCAUCUUCCAGCAAGUUGGAAGUCUCAUGGGAUAACACUGCAGUUCCCCUGGUUCAGUAGCUGGGACAGUGGUUUUUAAAUGUCCAUUUUCCUGGAUCCUUUGUAAACAUGAAAUCAUUCCAUGGAUGGCUGCCUUAUAAUUUUGUCUCUUUCCUCUUUAAUUGUGAAUGGUUUAAAAAAAUGCUGUUUUCUGAUUUGUUUUAUGAUAUUAAAUUUUUAUUAGUGCAUACCUU